GUGACAUAAGCUGGCUGACCCGGCACGCGGUUAACACAACAUUAAAAUACCAUAUUCUCUUUAAAAUCCACUCAAAAUGUCGCUAAACAUCGGUAAACUAAGGUCCCCUGCGAUUCAACUACGUCAUUUAGUGAAAAAGCAUUUUUCGGUAUCAUCGCAAGUAUCAACAAAAGCUAGUGAACUGUUUUCCGAAGAGCAGCAACGGCAGCGGGAAAAUGUUGGCCGCAUUGAGAAAAUAGAGGUGCGAUAUCUUGGCCUACCGAACGAUACAACGCUCAUAAUGAACCGAGAACUUUCCACACCAUACGAUUGUGCCCGGCAUAUUGGAGAAAAAUACUGUCGCCAAUCGGCUUUGGCCCUGCUGGACAACAAAACCCCAUGGGAUAUGCGACGGCCGCUGCGAGAUUCGUGUACCCUUCAGUUGCUAAACUUCACUUCACCCGAACCACACCUGGCAAACAAAGUGUUUUGGCGAUCCUGCUCUUUUCUACUCGGUGCCGUUCUGCAAGCGAGCUUUAAACCGGAAGCGGGUCUCUACCUUCACAGUUUCCCCAAACCAAACAUAAAAUCUGGCAGUUUUGUGCACGACGUCGUGCUCGCACAAGAACACUGGAACCCAACUGUGUCAGAGCUUCGGACUCUCUCGAUCGAAAUGAUCAAACUUUCCCAGAAAGACCUACCCAUCGAGCGGCUGGACGUGAGCAGCGAUUUGGCGGUGGAAAUGUUCAGCGAUAAUCCGUUCAAGCGCGAGCAGAUUCCGAGUGUGGCCGCGGGAAACAAUGGCCAGGUGACGGUGUACCGCGUUGGUGACCAUCUCGACAUCAGCAAGGGUCCGAUGAUGGGCUCGACGGGCCUUCUCGGGAGGUGUACGAUCUCGGCGGCGCAUCCCAUUCGGGACGCGAAUGAAAAUGCAAAGUUUUUCUAUCGGAUGCAGGGUGUAGCGCUUCCGGCUGCACUCCGUAUUGGACACUUUGCGUACAACGUGCUGGAAAACCGAUCGAGAAAGCUGAACUCUGCUAAGUUACCAAACGAACCAUUUGAGGAUGCGGCUGCAGAACAAGUCGCUUAGAGUGUAUGUAAGUUAUAGUAGUUUUACGGCUAAUAAAUCAACACAUGUAUGUGG